AUUGUAUGUGUGUCAGACGAACCCCAUCCGUCCAUCCAUCCAUCCAUUCACGCAUCCUCGUGUGGCUCAUCUAAAGCCAAACGCAUCACGUACUUUACUAGUGGCAUUUUUUUCGACUGCCUUUCCCAGGGCUUUUCCCCGACGCCCGACCAUCGACGCAGCCUCGCCGAAACCUCUUCCGAUUCUAGGGCCGUGCUCACGGCCAAUCUGUUCCCCCUUGUUCGCCCCUGCCCAGCUGCCAGUAGCAGCCAUUCCGACGGCCGCCCCGGCUGCGCUUCCAUACCUCUCGCCCAGGCGUUCGCCCUCAUCGCCCAAAUCGUGGCCAUGCUUAUUGCCAGUUCCAAUGGUAUGCCUGGUGUGGUAGUAGUCGUCUACGAUCUCAUGGGCAGGGGGAGUAUUCUCUGCGACAUUCUUGAUUGUCUCGGCCGCAUCGACUAGGUCACCGAAAUCCUCAACCUCGGGCACCGCGAUGCCGAAUGGACCGAGUCGACGCAGUCCCGGCUGUUUGAAGUCUUCAUCCGCCUUAACGGAAACGCCAGACCUGCAGCAGGCAAGACAGACAGACAGACAGACAGGUGUGUGGUGCGCUGCUGUGUCGUGUGGGUGUUCGGGCUCGUGUGUGUGUUUCCUUCUCUUACUUGUCCUGUAUGGCCUUGUCACGCAGAGAGCGGAGUCCAUUGGGCGCAGCCUUGACACUGUCAGCGGGGCUUCCAGCCACCACCACGGCGAUAGCCAGCAGGGCGACAGUCGACAUCAUGACGAAGCGAACCAUCACGGACGAUGAACGAGUCAAGGGACGAUAGAUAGAUGCAAGCCACGGGGCGGGAGCGCUGGACGGAUAGAAGGGAUUUGAGAAGACCGAAGGGAUCUGAAG